AUGGCUGGCAUUCUCUGGAAAAUUGAGUGCCUCAAUACUACUGAUCCUCCUGGCCCUGCAAACAAUGAAAUUACUGAAAGAGCACUUCAGAUUCUGGUCCCAAUCAUGCUGACCUCCAUCAAUGUUAUUACUCCAGCCAAAAUUAAAACUACAGGCAAGAGCAAUGUUCAUGGAGUUGUUAAAUUAUUAACUUCCAUUAUUGUUGUGCUUGUCUUUGUGGCAAUUGUAUGUGUACACUUCCAUGUACAAAUUGUCCUUUGCUUCAGAGAUCUCACUGGUAGAGAUGAUACUCUCGAAGAUGAUAAGGAAUAUGAUGCAUAUGUGUUACUUCUUAAGAGUAAAGAGACUCUCCUUGAUGCUAAGGAAGAGCAUCAAUUUGCAUUUGAACUAUUACCUGCAAUUCUAGAAAAACAAUUUGGAUACCGACUGUGCAUAUUUGAACGUAAUGUUCCUCCAGGAGGAAGCUCUGCAGAUAAUAUACUUUCUUAUGUAAACAAAUGCCGAAGAUUGAUUAUAAUUCUCUGUGAAGAAUAUGUGGACAAUGAAUGCAGCUCUACAUAUGAACUAAUGACUGGACUGUAUCAAGUAUUGGUUGAAAGAAAAAUAAAACCAAUACUUAUUGAAUUUAAACCUAUAAGCAACCCUAAGUUACUACCAGAGUCACUUCAACUUGUUCUGAAGUCAAAAAGAAUUGUGAAAUGGAAGGGAAACAAGUUAGUCUUGAAAAAUUCUUAUUUCUGGAAGAAGGUGCGAUACUUGAUGCCAGCUAAUGGUGGUCAACGAGCAAAACAUUCACAACGUAAUGUGGCUUUAUAAAAUAAUGACUGAUUCAAAUAAGUUACAGGCUUCCAUCUUGGCCAACAAUCAACCACUGAAGAUAGUAUCAAAUUGAAGAAGCCUUUCACUUAUAAUUCUGGCUAAUGCCUGAGUAAUCUUGGA